AUGAGAGGCCCACGCACUGCGCUGGAAAGGAGCUGCUGCUCCCUGCAGCUAGAGAGAGCGCGCGUGCAGCAGAGAAGACCCAGCGCCCCGCACGCCAGAAAGGUGUCCACAGUUAGGAUCUCAUUAAAAUCAGUUUGUGUCACAGAGGACCUGAAGGACCAUGGUGGGUCCCAAAUAGAGGAAACAGGGUCGGGAUUUGCCAGCCGGGCCCUAAUAGCUCCAGCGCUGCAAGCUCGGGACGCAGCCCAGCGGCCCAGGCCCAACGGCGAGUUCGGGCGGCACGGCGGCCACCGCGCGCCCAGACUCGGCUUCGCUGCGCGCCCAGGUAGUGCCCGCUGGCGCGCGCCCGCUCACCCCGCGCCACGCCAGGGCGCCCGGCUCCUCGGGCUUCCCGAGUGGAGACGUCUUGGAGUUGGCUCGGGUUGGGACUUGGGGGUCGCUGCCUGCCCUGGAAAGUUUCGACCUGUGCUGAGACACCAGCAGUUUCAUUAG